UGGUAUAGGAUCGUAUCUGCAACAGCCAUUGAUUAGCAAUAUAUCGACUCAUCUGGGAAGACGCAAGUCAGAGCUGUGGUCGGGCAUGGGAGGUCGGCCAGUCGCUCGCUCGCAAGCAACAGGCAGCCACGAUGGAGGAAACCAGGGUAGCGGUGGUAACAGGAUCCAACAAGGGCAUCGGUCUCGCCAUCGUCAAGGACCUGUGCUCUCAGUUCGAGGGCUGCGUGUACCUGACUGCCCGCGACGAAGAGAAGGGCCUGGAGACCGUGGCGGCGCUGGAGGAGGAAGGUCUUUCGGUUCGCUUCCAUCAGCUGGACAUCGACGACGAAGAGAGCAUCGCCGCCUUCAAGACGCACCUCGAAGAAACCUACGGAGGCCUGGACGUCCUUGUCAAUAACGCUGCCAUUGCCUAUAAGGGAUCCGCGACGGAGCCGUUCGGAGAGCAGGCCGAGAACACCAUCCGCGUCAACUUCUUCGGCACGCUCGCCGUCUGCCGCAGCCUCUUCCCGCUGCUGCGACCCCACGCCAGGGUGGUCACGCUGUCCAGCUUCGUGGGCUUCCUCCCGAGGGUGAACGGAGACGAGCCGCAGGCGUUCAGCCUCAGGGAGAAGCUGUCCUCGGAGGAACUCACCGAGGACGAGCUGAGCGAUCUCAUGAAUCAGUUCGUCGAGACGGCCAAGGACGGGACCUGGACGGAGGCAGGGUGGCAAAGCAGCGCCUACUCGGUCAGUAAAGUGGGAGUGACGGCCCUGACCCGCGUCCAGCAGCGGGCCUUCGACGAAGACCCUCGUGAAGACCUCAUCGUCAACUGCUGCAACCCGGGGGCCGUCGUGACCGACAUGAGUUCGCAAAGGGGUGUUUUCACCGCCGAACAAGGAGCCGAAUGCCCCGUCUACUUGGCACUUCUCCCUCCCGACGUCGAGGAGCCAAAGGGUGCCUUCGUAUGGCAUGAUAAGCAGGUCGUGGACUGGGUCAAGGGUCCCCUACCAGGUCCUUACUGAAUGUGAAAAAGGUCACAUACAUAACGCUUUCAGUGCUGAACUUGGACGGUCAUUUAUCUGAUGAAUAACGACUGAAGCGCAUGGUUCAUUAUUCAAUGAUGAUGAGUAAAUAGAAAUUAUAAUCAAUGCAAAGAAAGCAAACGUAUUUGUUCCAAUGAUCUCUCUUUAUGUAGUAUGCAUUCAUAAUUUUUAGAAAGACUAAACCGUGUAUGAUUGGAUAGCAAAUCCUAUUAUUGCCUCUGAGCCUUCAAUCACAGUAUCGCUUAGCCUUAUUUUUUACAAAUGUCAUUCAAAACGAAACACUGUUCUUUUAAUAAAUGCAGUUGCAAAUUA